AUGUAUGCGCUCGCCAACCUCGAAAGCCACCGCUUCGGCCGCGGCGACUCCGUCUACGUCACCGAGAUUGCGCGCACCGCUGUCGGCCUGGCCGCCAUCUCGACGGACAAUGCGCUCUCGCUGCUCGACCCCGCGCGGCUGACGGCCGGUCCAAUUGCCACAUGGACGGCGGCGCACGGCGCGAGCGUGACGGCGCUGCGGGUGCUCGACGGCGGGCUGGCGUGCACGGCGGGCGAGGACGGCACGGUGGCGGUGUGGGAUCUGAGGAUGAAGGGCGCCGCGGCGAGGGUAGCGCAGUUUAAGGCGAGCGAGGCGCCGAUAUUGUCCAUGGCGUGCAACAAGGACACCAACACGAUAGCCGUGGGCACGGAGCUGCAGAACCACAUGGCCUCUAUCCAUCUCUGGGACGUCGGCGCCGCACCCACAGCCAAGGCGCACUACCAAGACGUGCACAGCGACGACGUGACGCAGCUCGCCUUCCACGCCGCGCAGCCGGCGCUGUUGCUGUCGGGCUCGACCGACGGCCUCGUGAGCGUGCACGACACGCGCGUCGCCGACGAGGACGAGGUGACGGUGCAGACGUUCAACCACGGGGCGUCGAUCCACCGCGCGGCGUUUCUCGCGCCCUCGAGCGAGGUGCUUGCGCUGUCGCACGACGAGCGCUUCGCACUGUACGAUGCCGCCGAGGAGACGCCCAGCGGCGACGCGACGCGCGACUUUGGCGAUCUGCGUCCCCGGCUGGGCUGCCAGUACGUGGCCGACGUGACGCCCAAGACGGACGGUGUCGGGGCCGUCAUGGGAGCGGGCUCCCAAGAUCAGCAACUAUUCCAGCUCUUCUUUCUCGCCAAAGACGCUGAGCAAAAAUGGGAAAUCGACACGGCGAAUAGCGUUGGCUUGCCGAGGGCUCACGGAGAAGAGAUUGUACGAUCAUUUUGCUUCUUUGAUCAAGAACAAGUCGUAUUUACGGCGGGAGAGGACGGAUGCGUUAGAGGAUGGCGGGCCGGGUAA